ACACGGCACAGUAAUUUUCACAACAUCCGUUUUACCCGGAAGUUGAGUGUAUUUCACCGCUGGGUCAGAAGAAUGCAAAACACGGUAUUUUGUUCAUUGUUUAGACGUUUUUAAACUAAGAAAUGGCGUGGAAAAGCAAAGGUUCCCCUCUCCCCCUGGCCUCCUUACAUCUCCUCGUCCCACCAGUGAGACUAAUGUCUGCUUUUAUAUGGCAAGUAGUACAGCAGCACAGUGUGAUGCAGUACGACAAGCUGGUGGACUUCAUCAGUUUGGCGACAGAGAUCGUCCCAGAACUUCUGAGUCCCAGUCAGAGAGCUCAGCUCAUCCUGGGCCUGAGAGCAAGGCUGGUUCUGGAGCUGUGUCGCGGUGAUGGCGUCGCCAACCUGCAACCCAUCCAGAGCCACCUGGAUAAGAUCCACGCCUGCAGCGCUGAACUGAGCUCCACUGAUCAGAUGGCCAGUGGUGAUAUACUGAAGACCUCUUACACCAACUUUGCCAGCCUGGUUCAGAACCUUUUAAAUGUUCCUUUUGAAAAGGAGUUCUUCUUCCAAGAGGUGUUUCCUGUAAACUACGGCUCUAACUAUGACCAAAGACUGCAGCAGCUGGUGUCUGAGUUCCUGUCCAGGCUGGAGCAGCUGCUGCCCGUACCAGACCUGCAACAGACAGCAGCAUGGCUCACAGAAACAACAUCUGCGUCAGAAGAAUUUGGUCAGCAUCUGUAUGAACCCUUUGCCAUGAAGACUCUGCUGCUUCAUCACAGACAGUUGGGGACUCUCAGCUCUGCUCCUGCCAGCAGCGAGGAAGAUAUCCUUUUGUCCACUUUGGCCCUCCCUGCUCAAACUGGAGCGGAGAGGUUCUCUGAGGCUUACAGUGAAGAUGAUGAUUAUGACGAUGAGGAAGAAACCUUGACAUUGGAAGAUCUAGACGAAGACUCGAGUCAAAGCUCAGAUGUCACUGCAGACGAUUGGUUGCCAAAAAGGGAAUCAGAUCCUCUGUCGCGUUUAUUCAUCUGCCCUCAGUGUUCCUUCGCUCACCGCUUUAAGAGGAAGGUCCAAGAGCACAUCCAGAGCGAGCACCACGUAAGAGCGCCCAUUCAGAAAAGAUCCGUGAAGAAAACCAGAGCAAACACUCGGCAGAGAAGUGAAGACUUGAACGGUGAAAAGAAGAAAGUAGAAGGCACGGAAAACAAGAGGAAACGUAAAGAAAAAGGCGUUGUCGAAAAAAAGCGGGAACGCAAGCAGAAGAAGGACAACUUAGAAAACAAGGAACGGCGUAGACGGAAAGAACCCACGGGGGAAGACAAAAGGUUUCUGAGCACGCGACCCGCCAACAAAAAGUUCACGGAGGAAGAAACCAAAUGCCUGAAGUGUGAAAAGGUUUUUGAACUUCCAAAUCAACUGAAGACGCACAUGAAGCUCCACAGCUUCGCGUACUGCUGCACCCAAUGCGAGAAGGGAUUCAUCAGCCCGUCAGGUUAUUACCAGCACCAGAGGCUCCACAAGAGAGGACGGAUAUUCUUCUGCAGCCAGUGCAACAAGGGAUUCCUGUGCAACUAUUCGCUCAAGCAACACGUACGCCUGCAUGAAGGCCCCAGCAACCUGUGCACCAUCUGCGGGAAAAGCUUCAGCAAAGCAGGAAUUACGAGACACAUGCAGAUGCACAAAGGGGAGAAGAAUUACUUGUGCACCACAUGCGGGAAGUCCUUUUUGUCGUCGGGGGAGCUGCUGCUGCACACUCGGUCCCACACGGGCGAGAUGCCGUACACCUGCACACACUGCGGGAAGGGUUUCUCCAGCAAGAGUCACCUGAACGUCCACACGCGCUCUCACACGGGGGAGCGUCCGUACCUGUGCUCGGAGUGCCCGAAGCGUUUCCUCACACUCAACUGCCUGAAGAGACACACUCUCAGCCACAACGGCGUGAAACCGUUUAAGUGUCCACACUGUGAGAGAGAAUUCUCCCAGCAGGGGAAUCUGAAAAGACACAUGGCAACUCAUAAACCUGACACGUGAUGUGAAGUAAGAAAGCAGAAUGUAGUCAUGAAUAAUACUGAAAGCCGGGGGAAACCCAAAAUGCUCUUCAUUCGUCAAUCACACUUUUGUAUUGCUGUAAUCAGAAGCAACAAUUGUAAAGUAUUUGAAAUUCCUCUCAUCUGCUUUGGUUACUUCAUUAGAUACAGUUACCAAACUUGAGUUUUUAAUCCAACUUGUGCAUUUUAGCAGCUGUUAACAAUCACCAGCACUGAUGUCAUUUUGCUUUAAGCUUCUACUUUGUCACCUUUUUGCUUUUUCUCCAAAUUCUGCUGCCAACUUUGUCUGGAAAUCAUGUUAAACUGAGCAAAAUGCUACAUUUAUUUAUAAAAGCUGUGACGGCUGAAUAAUACAAUUUAAUCUUUCUUUGUAUCCUGUGUGGACCAGUUAUUUGCAAAAUAUGAAUUAUUAACUUAAAAUCUAUUGGCAGGUUAUAGCACCGUGGUAAUUGUUGACACUUGACACACAGUGGGAUGAAAUACAAAAUGUAAAAGUGAAGUGAAAAACACAGCUGUAGGAAAUGCAAUUUAUUUGCAAUUUUUUAAUAACAUCAUUCCUCAGAUAAAAAUGCAAUGUUACAGGAAUAUACAUCAGAUAUUAAUUUAAAACUUGCUUUCAAGGGACCAUACAGUCUAAAUAUACUUUUUCCUUUUUUUAUUUACUGGUAGCGUGCGUUAUAAGCAAGACAGACUCUGUCACCAAUGACAGACUGACAAGUUACAGAUACAAACUGUACAUUACUUAUUUACAAAUCAACUUUUUGUUUGGUUUUUUUCGUUUCACUUUUUAUUGAAAAUAGGAGUAGAAAAAGUGAUUGAAUUAAUAUUCUGAUUUACUUCAUUUGUAUUCUUUCCCUUUCUAAAAUGUAAAAUGAAGUGAAUGAACAAAAAAGAAAGAAAAUCAAGAACUCUCCUUUUAGAAAAAAGAAAGAGAAGCAGAAGAAGAAGAAGAAGAAGAAGAAGAAGAAGAAGAAGAAGAAGAAAAAAGGGAGCGUCAACUGUGAGACCAUGCAGGCGUCACCGAGGAGACAAAUGGUUACUGAGGAAACCAAGUGAUGUUGGGCCCGUGUCACUUGGCAACCUCAGGACCAAUGAAAUCCCUCGCAGUCGAGGGGGAGUGGCUUAUGUUAAAGAACAGUUACAAAAUGACCACCUGCCUCCAAAGCUACCGCAAGUACAAUAACACACUCUAGUUCAUUUUUUGACCAUAAAUAGUGCUGUUAUUAAAUACUACAUUUAACAGUAGCGUCACUACUAAUAUUACAACAAAUUGGUCUCUGUGUGAACACCUCUCUCCGUACAAAUGAUAACGGACUUCU